AAAUGUAGGAAAAUUUACUUUUUUUCUCAAGAGGCAUUGAUUUUCUCCUACUGGGUAUUGGUUUUCCAUCAUCAGUCAACAGUUUUUACUAUAAUAACUUUGUGAGUAAACAAUUGAAGACAUUCUUUAUCUACAAAAGAUGAAAGGGGUUUUCCAAGUACCUUGUAGGUCCAAUGGUAUUCAUUGCUACUUUCAACUUCAAAUACGGGAAGCAGAUCUGGAAAAAACACUUGAGCAAAUUUAUAACCUUGAAUGCGAUUAAAGACAUUUAAAUCAUCUUCAAGAUUCUCAAAUCUUUGUAUAGAAUAGGUCAAGAGAUUACCCUCAAAAUAUAGUUUUACUUCAUUGUUACUACUAAUAGUAGCUAUGAGCAAAGAUAUACUGCAACAAAAGAAAAUAGUCCCAAUUGAUGAAAAUUUAAAAUUCAUAUUAGUUAAGGAAUGUUAACGAGUAUGGAUCAUGUAUUGAUGCAGCAAUCACUGGCAUAAAUUCCUCCUCCAUUGAUGUAACCCCAGGUGAUUCUUAUUAGUUCACAAAUGUUUUGUAUAGGAGUUCUUCUAAUGAUCUAAGGUUCUAAGUAGCUAUUGGCUAUACAUGCUUUCUAGAUUACAGUUUAAACAUAUAAAAGAUUUCUUUUCCUUGUUUUGUUUUGCAUUUCUUCCAACUCGUUUGUGGUUCAUUUCUGUUAGUGCUACUUGCCCUUUGUGAACUAAUUAAUAAUUGAAACCUUCUGAAGUUAUUUUGUUAUUUGAAUCCAGCUUGCUUUUAUUGCUGGGCAGUCAAAUAUUGACAAUCACUAUUGCGUCAUAUGCAAUAAUCUCAGCUUUCAGCCUUUAUGGUCAGUUUGCAAUAUGAUGUGCAGCUCAUUUUAUAAUAGAUUGUGACAAUAUUGAUUCUUUUGUGGAUCUUCCAUUCUCAUUUAGUCCGUCUCUCUUAUGAUGGUGUUUCAUUGACUAUUGUUUUAUUGGCAAAAAGAUCUCAUUAACUUUUUCUUUCUCAUUUUGCUUUAUGCACUCACCAACACUUCUGUUACUCUGGGCCUGCAGUAACUAUAGAGACUCUUUUAUUGUUAAGAGAUUCAUGAGUUAAUUCAUGAGACACAUCAAAUGCAGGUUUGGAAGAUGAGAACCAGACCGACUGGCAGAUGUGAUUACAUUAUUCUCACUCCAAUAAGAGAAAUUAAGAGAGUUGUAUUAAUCAAUUAAUAUUUUUUUUACAUCCGCUCUCUGAAGAUGUAGAGUAUGCUUAAUGAUGGUUUAUUGGAUUGUGUGUUGAUGCAGCAGCCACUGCCAUAAUGCUUCCCCGAUCCAUUGGGGAAUUCCGGGUGAUUCCUUAAGCCAUGUCUUUAAUUGUAUUCUGAUUGGAGAUGGACGUUCACAUACUCAAAUCAAUCUGUCUUAAAUAUAAUGCCUUGUAUUUUCUUUUUUGUUCUAAUCAAAAUGCUCUUAAAUU